CAAUUACGCCGAGGCCGCUCUGCUGGCGCCAGAGGGCGGCGGCGGUUUUGGCCUCGACAACCGCCCCCCGGCGUCAGGCUCAGCAGCUUCCCCCCAGCUCCCCGCCGCGCUCGGCGCCACCCUGGCGGCGUCGGCGCUGCAGGCCGCCGCGGCCCGCUGCCUGCUGGCGCAGCGGCUGCUGCUGCUGCUGGGGGUGGUGCGGAGGAUGGGGCGCGCGGGGGCGGCGCCCCUGGGUUCGCAGCACGAGGAGCUUAUAAGCGGCCGCCUAGAGCCACAGCUGCUGGCCGCCCUGCGCGGCGCGGCGAUGGCGCUGUGGCUGUCCGAGACGCCCGCGGCGGCGCCGCCGUCGGGGGCCGCGGGGGGCGGCGGUGGGGGCGCGGCGGCACUGCCCAGCCAUUUGGAAGCGCUGCAGCUGGGCGGGCCCACGCGCGGCGGCGGGGCUGCCGCUGGCCUCACGCCGCGGGCGGCCGGUGUCGGCGGCGGCGUGGUCGCGUUUGGGCAGCAGCAAGAGCAGCAGCAGCAGCAGCGAUGGGGCGGGAAGCUGCCGCAGGAGCAGCCCCUGGCGGCCCAUUUUCUGCGCGUCUUCUGCGAUGCGUACCCCUCCGCAGCAGCGGCCGGCGGCGCAGGGGCACCACUGCUGCACAGCGGCGCGCUCGGGCCGGCCGCCGCGGCCUUCCUCAGCUUCCUGGAGGCCGGCGGCGGCACCAACGAUGACGUCGCCGGCGCCCAGGAUGACGUCACCGCGGGGCCCGACGCCCCCACGGAGCAGCAGGCGGGCGUCGAGGCGGCGGCGCUGCGCGCCGGGUGGCGACUGUUCUGCGCGCGCGAGUUCGCGGCGGCGUGCGCCCUGGCGUCGCAGGCGGGCGGCGGCGGCGGCGGCGCGCCCUCAGACGCGGGGCUGGCGUUCCUGUUGGGCGUGUCCCUCGCCUGCCGCCUCCGCAGCGCGGGUACGGGGGCCGCGGACGGGCGAUCGCGGGGGGAGCUGCUGGCUGCGGCGAGCGGCCACCUGUUCAGGGCGGCCGCGGGGCUGGCCGCGCCGGGCGCCGCGCCGCUGCGCGGC